UCUAUUUCUACUUGCUCUUUUUGACCCUUUUGUGUGGAGCUCCUUUUUGUAUAGAUCUGCGAGUAAGCGUUUAACGAGAGAAUUAUUUUAUUUGUAUAUAUUUGGUAGUCCAACCCCCCCUUUUUUACUGUUCAAUGAUAUUCCCCGUAAGAGGAUUCUAAUCGUCGCUUACAGUUGCCUUUUUCUUGUUCUUCUUCUUCUUUUUACAUCCCUUGCCUCUCCUUUUUAAAUUACUUGUUAUUUAUAUUACCCGCACUAAUGUUAAUAAUGACAUUCUACCUUGCCUUUGGACGUCGUUACAUCGUUGUCACGACCUUAUUCCUUGUGUGCAUCGUUCCACACGUUUACAGUUUAAUGGCGGUGGUCAAGACCGAGACUCCUUUACGCACCUUUGUCCGUUUCGUGGGUCCUGCCGUGCUGAUACCCAUUAUCACUAUUGUCGUCUACGGCUGGUUAGCAUUUGAAGUGUUAUUUUGGAUCUACUUUCUCAUUCAACGUCGACGACUGCAGCAACCAAGAUAUCCCACUCGACGUUUAACCAAAGAUGAACGCACUGCUCUGUUCUGGAAUUGCGUCCAUACAAUCAAGGAUCCUGAAGAAUGGUGUGUGGGAUGGUUCUACCGUCGUCACGAUUGUUCUCAUCCUGCCUUUACAGAGAUACGCAGGGAAAAUUUUGCAUUGUGGUUUGCUUGGGCAUUUUGGCAUGAUGAACUGGAUAAAGUGCGUGAAAAUUCCGAGGACGCUGCCGAGCUUGAAUGGAUGAUGAAUACGGCCGAAUCGCGUUUUCAAGUCAAAGUGUUACCGGGAUUCAAUGAUCAGUUGCAAUGCAUUCGACUGAGUCUGGAUCCUGUCCAAGCGGUGCAUCGACCGUUGAUCAUGUAUGCAGCCAUUUAUUGCGGGACGGCUCUCUUUAAUACUCUGUUUUUGGAGUGGAGCUGGCACAUGAAGCGACUUGGAAGUCGGUCCGCCGGUGUGUUAUGGGGCGGUUUCUUUGGGUUUCUCGAAGAAUGUCGUGAAAUGAUUUGGCCGUCCGCCACCGAUUCUGCACCAAAAAAGGACCGUGCACAUAAACACAAACACCUUGUAUAUUGGUAUUACGAACCAUCUUCACCAGUCUCGGCCAAACAAACGCCCAUCGUUUUUAUUCACGGUAUUGGAGCAGGAUUACUAUGCUAUGGCGAAUUCAUGCAUCAUCUCCUUGGAUUGGGACGACCUGUAUUCUGUGUUGAACUGCCGUACGUCGCGAUGCACAUGGUGGAACAUGUCCCCACCGCCGAUGAAACCGUCGAAGAGAUUGUGGCAAUGCUCGAGACUCACGGAUAUCCACGCGCUGUUCUUGUGGGUCAUUCGCUUGGCACCGCCGUAGCGAGCUGGGUGGCCCAAGCCGUGCCUGACAAGGUGGCCGGCAUGGUGAUGAUUGACCCCAUUUGCUUUUUACUGCACUACCACCAUGUAGGAUUUAAUUUCGUGCAUCGAACACCCAAACGACUUUUAGAGUAUCUCAUGCAUUACCUAGCAUCAAGAGAAUUGCAUAUCAGUUAUUACAUUUCUCGUCACUUCCAGUGGUUCCAAACAAUUUAUUUUGUACGCAAUCUGGGCAAGGAGCAAGUUUCAAAAAGAGGUGACGAUUUCGACCCUCAAGAUCCGUUGAGUAAUACGACCGUUUUUCUUUCUGAAAAAGACGGCAUCGUCGACAGUCCCUUGGUAGCCCAGUACCUGCAACAAAACCAUGUGGAUGCGCGAAUUAUGCCGGGACUCCAGCACGCCGCGUUUCUGAUAAACUGGAAAUGGCGCCAACAAAUCAUCCAUCGUAUCGAGGAAACAGCUCGCAAUAUCGAUGAUGAAGGCAUUCGAUCCACCUGAUUCCUUUCUUCCCCCAUAUCCUUCCAAUAAAAAUAUUUUGUAUAAAUAAAUAAAGACGCAAAAAAAAGCAAUAAACAAAGCUACAACAAG